AUGAUUCCCUUGGUUAUUCGUUCCAUUCGCGGCGCCGUCGCCCGCUACUCGCCAAGCUCCCACUCCUACUCCCUCUUGACCACCUCCAACUCAGAGCCAUCAUCGCCUGGUGGCUCCAACAGUUCGCCCGCGCAGUCGCAAUCCUUCUUGGCUAGGCUAACUGCCAUACUCUUCUUCCUCCUGCCGUCCUUCGUCCAGCGCCGACUCCGACCGAACGAUUUCAAGCACCGACGCUUAUACCCCACCUCAUGGCUUGAUGGCCUGCGCGGUGUCGCCUCCCUGAUUGUCUUCUUCUGUCACUUCACAGAGAAGCAUGUGGGCUGGUACUCUCAGUCUUACGGCAUCAGGGAAGAGGACGACCAUGCCACAUCGUCACCCAUGCAGCUUCCGUUCCUGCGCGUCCUCUACUGUGGCAGGCCCAUGGUCCACAUCUUCUUCGUCAUCUCCGGCUUCGUCCUCUCCCUCAAGGCCCUGAAACAGGCAAGGAAACAUGACUUCGAUGGACUACAUCGUACACUGUCCAGCAGCGUAUUCCGCCGUGGCUUUCGCCUGUUCCUCCCCACGACUGCCUCCACAUUCAUCAUCAUGAUUAUGAUCCGAUUGGGAUGGACAGGAAAGCCGCUUCCCACACUAUGGGAGCAGCUGAUUGACUGGAAGAAUGCGGUCUGGCAGAUUACCUUUAGCUGGAAGUGGGACAUCACCCAAUUCUUGCCCUACGACGUUCAUCUCUGGACCAUCCCCAUCGAAUUCUCCAACUCACUGCUGCUCUUUGUGGUUUUGACUGGGCUGAGCCGCAUGAAGACGUACUUGCGACUGGCCUCGGUUCUGGCCAUCAUGGUUUACUCCCUCAAGUGCGGCCACUGGGCAGCCUUCGAGUUCGUCGGCGGCAUGGGCAUUGCUGAGAUCGGUCUCAUCCAAGAGGCACGCCGCGAGCGCGCCGCAACCGUUGUGCAAGACAAGGAGGCGUCUGACAUGGAAGCAUCCGUGUCGUCCGAGUCAACAUCAAACACCAUCGGAUCCCUCGUUUUCAAGUCUUUCCUCCUCGGCAACCUUGUCUUUGCCCUCUUCGUCGCGGGGUGGCCGAAUCAGCAUGCCGAUGUUACACCAGGCAUGUCGAGACUCUGGCACAACACCAUGGAGCCCUUCUUCGGCAUGGGUGGCGAUCUCGUCUCCUUCCCCUGGUACGCGCUUGGCGCAAUCCAAAUCGUCGUCGCUCUGCAGCAGAUCAAGAUGCUGCAAAACCUCUUCGUGACGCCACUGGCGCAGUAUCUCGCCGAUAUCAGCUAUGCACUCUACCUCGUUCAUGGACCCGUCUUGGACGUCUUCUCCCACCGCUGGAUGCCGUACAUUUGGGCUAUCGUCGGUGGUAGGGACACUGCGGGCAUGUUUGGGCGGCUGUUUGCCUGGCUGGUCGGAAUCAUUGUCCUCGGAGUUCCCACAAUCAUUGGCAGCGAUCUCUUCUGGAGGACAAUCGACGUCAAGAGCGUACAGCUGGCGCGCUGGAUCGAGUCCCUUUGCACGAGAGAACAGUAG